CCUCUAAUUCACAAAUCAAGGGCGCUCACGGCAAUACUACAAACUCAACAACUUUCCUUUCAGAAAACUUUUUUGACUUCAAAGCCAUAAAAGAUGUCGGGUCGUGGAAAAGGAGGCAAGGGUUUAGGCAAGGGAGGAGCCAAGCGUCAUCGUAAGGUUCUCCGUGAUAACAUUCAAGGUAUCACAAAGCCAGCGAUUCGUCGUUUGGCUCGUAGGGGUGGGGUUAAGCGUAUCAGCGGUUUGAUCUAUGAGGAGACCCGUGGUGUUCUCAAGAUAUUUUUGGAGAACGUGAUCCGCGAUGCUGUGACAUACACUGAGCACGCCAGGAGAAAGACCGUGACGGCCAUGGAUGUGGUCUACGCGCUCAAGAGGCAAGGCAGAACCCUCUAUGGUUUUGGAGGGUAGGUUCCUGGGUGGUGUUUAUCUCAGGAUUUAGCUGUUGGGUAGUUGAUUGUUAAUAGAUUUUUACUCUAGAUCUAGAUCUGGUAUUUGUGGCUGUUAUUUUGCUAGGAACUUGUGAUUCUGUAAUUCUCUGUAACGUGUUUCUAUUGAAUAUUGAUGCAAUAUAAACCUUAAGUUCCUGGAAA